AUGGAAGAGACAACGAAGAAGAAGAAGAUUGUUAAUACCGAAGAUUCCAAAAAGAAGGAGCGUCAUAUUGUUACUUGGACACCAGAGGAAGAUGAUAUACUUCGAAAGCAAAUCAAUUUGAAUGGAACUGAAAAUUGGGCGAUCAUCGCAUCGAAGUUCAAUGAUAAAAGCACAAGGCAGUGUAGAAGAAGAUGGUAUACAUAUUUGAACUCUGAUUUCAAGAGAGGAGGCUGGUCCCCUGAAGAAGAUACACUUUUGUGUGAGGCACAGAGGUUGUUUGGGAACAGGUGGACUGAGAUAGCAAAAGUGGUCUCAGGAAGAACGGAUAAUGCAGUGAAGAACAGGUUCACAACACUGUGCAAGAAGAGAGCCAAGUAUGAAGCCAUGGCUAAAGAGAACAGGAUUGCUUGUUGUGUGAACACAAACAACAAAAGAAUGCUGUUGCCUGAUGGUAUUAGCACACCCCGGAAAGUUGAAAGCGAAUCUCCUCUUGCUAAGAAAACGAAGAGAAGUCACAUUCCGGAUCAUACAGAGACCAGUAAGUAUGGGGAUAGGUCACAUUUGAAGGUUGGUUCUGGUGUGAAUCAGCAGAUAAGACCUCCACUUUUGCUGCUAGCUCACAAUGCCACAAGUAUCGAUGUCAAGGAGGAACAGAAUCAAACAGGCAAUGUGAAAGAGAGUGACGGUGAGGAUAAAGGAAAUCAAGAGGUGUUUCUUAAGAAGGAUGAUCCAAAGGUAACAACAUCUUUGAUGCAACAAGCUGAGCUUCUCACUUCAUUGGCUCAGAAAGUUAAUGCAGACAACACAGAGCAAAGCAUGGAGAAUGCCUGGAAGGUCCUGCAGGAUUUCUUGAACAAAAGCAAAGAGAAUGAUUUAUUCAGAUAUGGACUGCCAGAUAUCGAUUUCCAGCUUGAUGAAUUCAAGGAUCUUGUUGAGGAUUUAAAGAGUAGUAACGACGACAGUCAAACAUCUUGGAGGCAACCUGAUCUCCAUGAUUCACCAGCAAGCUCUGAGUAUAGCUCAGGAUCAACCGCAAUGCCGCAUCCUUCUGGUGAUACAACUCAACAACCCAUGUCUGAUCCUCAGAAAACAACUGAGAACCAAAACGGGGAGGAUUCACUACAAGAUAAAGAGAUUGUGUCUGAUGCAGCUAUGGAAGUGGAUGUUCUCUCAACUUUUCAUGAUAUCCUAAAGAACCCUGAUGAGACUGUGCCUAUGUCUGGUGAAGAAGUGUUUAACUCGCCUGUUCAAGUCACACCAUUGUUCAUGAUCUCUAGCUGCAGGCAUCCCAAGCCCACAAUUCUCUGA